CCCUAAAUCAGUUCAAAACACCUUCUUUCUUCCUCCAUUUUCGAGCUCCAAAGGUUUUAGAGAGAGAGAAACUUCAAAUCUUCAUAUCUUCUUCAUUUUAGCUCCAAAUUAUGUCUGGAGGAAGACGUGACGAUCCCAUUUUCGAGGAGCCACCACUAGGACGGGAAGACCCGCCACCUCAGCCUGAUAUCCCAUUUGCUACUAUUGCUGAUCGCAGACGCUUCCAGGCAUGGGGGCAAUACCGCACACUCCUUCCUCCCAUGAUCCUGGACCCGACGAUGCUAGAGGAAUGGGGGUACUGGGAUGAGAUUGAUUCCCUGCUAGGAGACUCUUUAUGGCGGAGGAUUCUAUUCGUUCAGGAGAGGGCCAGCCUUCCAUUGACGAUGGAGUUUCUGUGCUCCGUUCAGUUCACUCAUUACGGACAGGCUGUGCAGGAGGGUGCUGUUAUUGGGUCAGAGUCUCGGAUGAGGUUUACUAUUCUAGGCAUGGAGCACUCCAUAACUGUGGCUGAGCUCGGAUGGAGGAUGGGGCUCUAUACCCCAGCAUACACACAGACUGAGGAGUUCCGUGCUCUUCCGACCCGCUUACCCGAGGCAUUUGACAUUGAUGAGUUCUGGCACAGACACUCCACAGACACCAGAUCAUUUCUCCGGAUGCACCCCCAUUCGAACAAAUGGAGGGAGACUCACUGGUACAUACUCUCGUUCGUACUUUCUUGUGGUUUUUUUGGACGACCUAACAACACAAACAGGUUGUCCAAAAAGGACAUACUAUUCUUUUGGAGUUUGAUUCACCGCAUCCCGGUGAAUAUGGCUGUCCUUAUGGCUCGUUUCUUCCGGAGCCAGGGGAAGACUGUGCGGCGCACUAUCCAGGCAGGGCCUUUCAUCACUACUCUCGUUAGAUCAUUCUACCCAGAUCUAGACAUUCCGGGGCUACUGCACUUACAGGAUAGCAUCCGCGUUCUUCGAUCCUCAUCCUUUACCAACAUGAGGAUCAAGAAGAAGCGGAAUACUCAGGAGCUCCCAGGUAUUGAGCAGCCGACCCAGCAGGGUAGUUCUUCUCGACCCUCAGGACAUGAGGGAUCUAGCGAGCCCUUUUCAGACAUGCCUAGCGCCGCAGAUUGGAGAGCGAUGAUGGAGGGGAUGCGGAGUCUCCAGACUUCAGUUGUUGAGAUACGAGAUGCACAGGAGAGAGGAUUCCAGGAGAUGCGAGAUGCGCAUGCGACGGCCCUAGGAGAGUUCAGAGACUUUCGAUUAGCUCAGGAGAGAGCCACCCGGGAUAUGCAGGAGGAGUUAGAGACCCAGAGGCUAGAUAUUGAUGAGAUGAGAGACUGGCUUAGGCCACACUAUGGCCCUCGGGAUUACGCAGGCGAUGCUUAGUUUUGCUUCUUCCUUGACAUUUUUUUUUUUUGUGUUUGUUUGUUUCUUCAGGUUGGACAUUGCGCUGCUCUUUUGACUUGAAUGCUCUUACAAACUGACUAUGGAUGAUGUAAGGAUUUUAAAAAAACCAUUUUACUCCUGUUUCAUUAUUCCUCUUCACAAAAUCUUUUCAAAACUCAAGUGUGAGGAAAGAACCAAAAAAAAAAAAAAAAUGUGCCUUUAUUUCCCAAUUUUGUGCCUCAAAAGAAGACCUCGAGGGCGAGGUCCAGCUCAAGUGUGAGGAGGUUGCGUUUUACACUCAAAAGUCAAAACCUUGUUUUAGAACAAUCUUUUUACUAUUUUUGAUAUGAAACAUUAAUUUCUCAAUUUGUUAUCAAAUCAUAAAAUACUUUAGAUAAUCACCCUUAUUAUAAGAAUUUACUUUUAUUAUUAUUUUUGAAAACUUAAAAUUGUUAUGGGUUUUUGGUUGCGAAUGUAAAGGUCCGAAUUUGUUUUAAUUGGACAUUCAUUUUAUUCAUUAAAAAAAAAAAAAAAACAUGUUACUACUAAUAAACCUCUUCAAAACUCAUUGUUAUAGGACAAUUCCAUCUCCGAAAAGGGGCUCUGUUUCAUUCGUUAAUCACAGUCUGUGAGAAUGAAAUAUGCAUUUACCAUGGGAUAACACCGCCAACAAGAGUGAAAAAGAGCAAAAAAAAAAAAAUGGUGAACAAGAUGAAUGUCCAAAUUAAAAUAAUGAAAACCUUGGGAUAAGGAAUUGAUUGGUGGUUUAACAUAAUAAAUAGUUUUUCUUAAGUAAUACUAAUUUUAAACUCUUGUAUUUUGGGUGAUUUUUCUAAAAUGUUUAAAAAUUGAGAAUAAAAGAUGAGGUUUUUGUUUCUACUUCUUUAAAAUAGCAAUUAGAUUGUAAUACAGUUAGGCUUACCUUUUGAGUGUGUUUACAACUAAUUCGUCGCUUGAGGACAAGCAACGCUUAAGUGUGAGGAGAUUGAUAAGUCCAUUUUCGUACUUAUUUUUCUUAUCAAAUUUAAGCGAUUUUUGAAUGAAAAUAGAAAGAAAAGACACAUUUUAUAUAUUUCGGUUCAAGUUUCAUGAAAUCAGGUAAAAAUCACAUCCAUAAUAUGUUUAGCGGGAUUUCGGGUCAAUUGAGCACAAAAUGAGUCAAUUUGAGUGACAAAUGCAUUUAUACCGGAAGAAGCAAGCAUUUUAUCAAGGUGAUUCAGAAGACAAAGUUGAAGAGCAAGAAAAGCCGCAUCUGCCAGACAAAAGUAGCCGAAGGCGCCCAAAUAGGCGCCCAAAAUGAAGGCCUCCGCGGCCGCCUACGGUAUUUUUGGAAAGUCAAACUUUGACUUUGACCGGAUUCGGAAAAGACCGUAGGCGGCCGACACUGGACGGAAGGCGGCCGCCUACGGUGACCGCCUGCGGCAGAAGACGACGAAGCAACCGCCGGCCGGUGGGAUUUGACGGCAGGCGGC